UCUUACACGCCUCAAAUCCACGUUAGAUCGUUUGGAGCCUAUAAUGAUAUAUGCAAAACAAUUUGAUUGCCCAAAAGGGGAAGAAACAUGGGGCUUGAUCGAACAAAUGAAAAUGGACUUGAAAAGUUGGACAACAGUAUCGUCAGGUUCUUUCUGGUUGAUUUGCAUAUAGUGCCGACUAUAGGGACGCAAAUAUGGGAGACGGUGCAAAUGCAUUGUCCUGAUUUCAAAUUGAAAGUGCAAAGUAUUUGUCCUGGAGCAGCCACACCUUCACCGUUUGCUCCCACUCCCCAGCCUUAUGCUGAAAUAUUGGUGUCAUUAGGUAUAGAUAGCCAAUGGCAAAAAGAAAAACUUCUUGGGCGCGGUUCAUUUGGAAGUGUUUACUUGGCCACCAAAUGGAAUACUCGAGUUUCAUGUGCAAUAAAGGAAGUUAGAAUAUUUCCUGAUGACGAAAGAUCUGCAGUCUCUAUAAAGCAGUUAUGGCAGGAAAUCAAACUUCUCAGCGAGCUAAAGCAUCCAAAUAUUGUGCAAUAUUAUGGCAGCGAAAUAGUUGAUAGCUGGUUUCGUAUAUAUCUGGAGUAUGUUCCUAGAGGUUCAAUCAAAAAAUAUAUUAAGGAUAAUGGAGCCAUACCAGAAUCUGAUAUUCGCCGGUUUACUACCCAUAUUCUCUCUGGGUUGGAUUACUUGCAUAGCAAUAAUAUAGUUCACAGGGACAUCAAAGGGGCUAAUUUGCUCAUUGAUUCAUCUGGAGUUGUCAGGCUUGCUGAUUUUGGGACGGCUAAAUGUCUUGCUCUACACGCAGACCCAGCUAAGCUUUAUUUUAUUGGAACUGCACACUGGACGGCUCCAGAGCUCGUGCAUGGUUUGGAGCCUUCCAGCCCUAAUGCUGUUCUUGCUAUAGAUAUUUGGAGUGUAGGUUGUACUGUUCUUGAAAUGUUAACUGGAAGACUUCCCUGGGGUGAUCUUGAACCGGUAGCAGUCAUUUACAGGUUAGGUAAAGGGAUGACCCCUCCUAUACCUGAAACAUUGUCACCUGUGGGCAAGGAAUUUUUGAGUCUCUGCCUUAAGAUAAAUCCUGCAGAUAGGCCAUCUGCUGCAAGCUUACUAGAACAUCCCUUCGUGAGGAACUCGGAGCAGCUGGAUGGCAACUGAGCAUUUAAUGGGAAGAACUUGACGAUAAAUAUAAUUGUCAUGCCAUUUAUUGUUGCUAAAUUGUUGUUUUUAUUAUAGUUUGUCUUACAUUGUCAGGAUAAACCACAUAGACCAAAAGAACAUUCUGAACUUUUCAAAAAAAUAAAAUAAAAUAACAUUCUGAAAAUAAUCGUGAUCAUCCCAGCCCUUCUGGAGAAAGGGAAAAACUGCUGGCUUUUUGUCAUGGGUUGUGUUGAUAUGCAACUGUUGAAAUUGGAUUAUAGACUUCACAGAUGCUAUAGUAUGUGACUUGCAGCCAUAGGGUGUUGUGAUAGUAGAUUUAUUGCCUCGUUUUUUUUAUCAUUGAAAGCUCUGAAGUUAGAAAAGCUUCUUCAUUCUGGAAGUUUAUUCUGCAUGGGAAUUUAGAAGCAGUUUUGCAUACUACUCAUUUAGAGC